AUGAAGAGGCUCUUUCACGGUGCGGGUCAAUUCAAUCAGCCGAUCGGGGACUGGGAUACGAGUCAGGUGACUUCCAUGCAGGGGCUCUUCCGUAACGCGCGAAAAUUCAAUCAGCCAAUUGGGAGCUGGGAUACGAGUCGGGUACAUUCGAUGAGUUCUCUUUUCGAAAGUGCGCUUGCAUUCAAUCAGCCGAUCGGGGACUGGGAUACGAGUCGGGCGAAUAAUAUGCGUCGCCUCUUCUCUGGUGCGGGUCAAUUCAAUCAGCCGAUCGGGAACUGGGAUACGAGUAGGGUCACUGACAUGAGUCGCCUCUUCGAAAGAGCGAGUGCAUUCGAUCAGCCGCUUGCAAAGUGGAACGUCUCUGCGGUGACGGAUUGUACCCACAUGUUUUCCGCUGCAAAAAAUUUUGCGCAGCCAAUUUACGAUUGGCAGAUCUCCGAGCAAUGCCUGUUGGGUGCGAUGUUUACAAAUGCGACCGCCUUCCAUGCGACUUACCGCACUGACGAGGCUCUUGCUACCGAGGGAGUGCGAUCGUACGCCAUUUACCGAGACGUUGACGCAAAAAAUUUCCGUGCAUAUUGUACGCCAAAAAUCCUCGACGUACUAUAGUUCUUGUAGAAUUCGUGUACCAAUAGCACUAUGCGGAUUUUUUUUUAUCAAGAAUGUCAAUGUGUUUGUUAUUUAAACCUUGCGGCGGCCGCGUAAGUUUCUGGUAAGUCUCUGAUUCCCUUUCUCAGACUUUGGACAUAUCAUAUAUAAAAAGUUGUACCAGCCCAAUAAUGACGCUUGUUGUAUUGACAAGAAGAUCGACCUGCAUUUUUGCGCUAGACGGAAU